AUGCGUUUUGGGACUUGGAACAUUGGCUCUUUGACAGGGAGAUCAGUCGAAGUAGUAGAGGUUAUGAGAGGGAGGAUAAUUAACAUAUUAUGUUUGCAAGAGACUAAGUGUGAUGGAAAAAAGGCAAGAGAAAUAUCUCCAUGGGUGGACGUGUCCCGAAAGAGUGAUCGAAUUAUGAGUAUUAAGCUUGUGAUAGGGGAUGAAGUUGUAACUAUUGUGAGUGCCUAUGCACCACAAGAAGGACUAGAUGCUUCAACUAGACAAGAAUUUUGGGAGGAUUUAGAAGAAGUGGUGCAACGUGUCCCUAGAAGUGAGAAACUGAUCAUUGGUGGGGAUCUCAAUGGACUUGUAGGCUCGAGUCGCGAUGGAUUAGAAAGCAUUCAUGGUGGUUUUGGGUAUGGGGAGCGGAAUGAAGUGGGAAAAGUUAUUUUGGGUUUUUCAUUGGCAUAUGACUUGGGUAUAAUGAACACUUGUUUUGAGAAAAGAGACUCUCACCUAGUAACCUAUAGGAGUGGAGAUAACACGAGUCAGAUUGACUUCGUUUUAGUAAGGAAUUCUUUGAGACAGUGCUACACCAAUUGUAAGGUCUAA